GUUUCGCCGUUCUAGAUAUGUAUCUAUAUAUAUAUAUAUAUACUCAUCUUUUUGUUUGCGUCCCUCAUCUUGACAGUUAGGGACAUGUAUGUCCAUUUGAAAAUUCGAUGUAUGUAACAGAUUUAAUGGCCGCCAGAAGGUCGUGAGAGAGCGAAUUCGCCAGCGGCACGCUCGCGUUUCGUGUGCAUUUUACUGUUUUAGCGCGCGUUUCGACGCUGCGACUCGCAAUCAGCGAUUAAAUAAUACGCCGACCGUGUCGGACUCUCGCAUCCAUCAUCUUGCGUCAGGCAGGUUGAUCAAUCAUGGAAGACACUGAGUAUAUGAAAUUGCCUCUGGAGGAGCGUCUUGCACACAAGUCUUGGCGAGCACGUUUGCAUGGAUACGAGGAAUGCGUGAAGACAUUCCAGUGCAUCGAUGAUGAAAAGUCACCAGAAUGGAAUAAGUAUAUGGGUUUCAUCAAGAAGUUCGUUGCGGACAGCAACGCAGCUGCACAGGAGAAGGGCUUGGAGGCGAGCCUGGCUUUCGUGGAAAACGCUGCGGUAGCCGGCAAGAUAGUCGCCGAGGUAAUGAAUGGCAUCGUGUCCAAGUGCAUUGCCGCACCUAAGGCUAAAACAAAGGAACUGGCCGUGCAGAUCACGCUGAUGUUUAUCGAGAUCGAGAAAUAUGAUGCGGUGCAGGAGGAACUGUUGAAGGGCACCGAUGCGAAAAAUCCGAAAAUCGUUUCAGCGUGCAUCGCUACCUUGACGCUGGCGCUCAAGGAAUUUGGACCAAAAGUGAUCAAUUUGAAACCACUAAUGAAGAAAAUUGCAAAUUUCCUUGAGGAUAGGGACAAGACGGUGCGAGAAGAGGGCAAGGCUAUGGUGGUAGAGAUGUAUCGAUGGGUGGGCGAACGUUUGAAGCAACAAUUGAAUACAUUAAAGCCAGUGCACAUUACGGAGCUCGAGGCUGAGUUUAGUAAUCUUAAUGACGAGAAAGUGACGCCCACGCGUUACCUACGCUCGCAGAAACCAAAGAAUAUGAGCAACAAUGGUGAGUUGGCAGGGAGCGAUAAUAACGGCGACGAUGACAACGAAGACGUGGAUGGUGCUUCUAUCCCAGAUAUAGAUCCUUACGAUCUCUUGGCGCCUGUGGAUAUUCUAUCGAAGUUACCGAAGGACUUUUACGAAAAAGUCGAGGCAAAGAAAUGGCAGGAACGAAAAGAAGCGUUGGAGGCGCUCGAAACACUCGUCAAAAAUCCGAAACUAGAGAACGGUGAUUACGGCGAUGUUGUCAGGGUCUUGAAGAAGAUUAUCUCGAAGGACAGUAACGUAGUGGUGGUCACGCUAGCGGCAAAGUGCCUAGCCUGUCUGGCUACGGGCUUGAAGAAACGAUUUCAACCGUACGCCACCGCUUGUCUACCCACCGUAUUGGAAAAAUUCCGCGAGAAGAAGCAAACAGUGGUACAGACUUUGCGGGAGCUCGCCGACGCCAUUUACGACAGCAUCACUAUUGAUUUUAUCCUCGAGGAUACUCUGGCCGCCUUGGAAAAUAAGAAUCCGGCUGUGAAAGCCGAGACCGCUGCUUUUCUGGCUCGAUGUUUUGCGCGCACGCCGCCGACCAAUCUUAAUAAAAAGUUACUAAAGUCGUACACCAGUGCGUUGUUGAAAACGCUAAAUGAACCGGAUCCAACGGUGCGCGACAAUUCGGCGGAAGCGCUCGGCACGGCGAUGAAACUGAUAGGCGAGAAGGGAAUGAUGCCGUUCCUCACGGACAUCGAUAAUCUAAAGAUGACAAAGAUUAAGGAGUGCGCCGACAAGGCGGUGAUAACAGUAAAAGUGAGCAGUACGAAGCGACAGGAACGACCCAACACUGCUCCGGCCAAAGUGGAAUCGCAACAGGCGAGCAAAGCGAGCAAGGACAAUUCGAAGAACGCUAAACCGAGUACCGCGAGAAGGCCGAAUACGGCGAUUACAAAGAAGUCGACGGCCAAGAAACCCGGUGGCGCCUCGUCGCUCACAAAUCUGCCAUCAUCCACGAAGAGGACGGUUCAGAUAGAAAGAAAUUAUAGCCCGGAGGAGAUCGAUGAUUUGGCAGCCCAGGUUCUGUCAGCAGAAGUGAUGACUGGUCUUGUAGACCUCACUAACUGGAAAACGCGUCUUGCCGCAGUCACACAGCUAUUGGACGUUGUCAAGACUUGGGACUCGCCAAAAGUGCCAAAAGUGCCAGCCCAGGUGAUUGUGCGCACUCUCGCGAAGAAGCCUGGAUUUAAGGACACGAAUUUCCAAGUGCUGAAGUUGCGCGUGGAAACUGUCAAGUUCCUGGCCGAGAAUCAUCCUUUUACGGCCACCGUUGCCGAAUACUGUCUUAUGGAUAUCGCGGAGAAAUUGGCGGAUGCGAAGAACAGUUCGAUCGCUAUCGAGACUUUGUUAGCAAUCGCCGAAGCUACGAGCUUCGAGUAUGUAGCGGAUGAAAUAGUGGCGUUCGCGUUUAAUCAAAACCCGAAGGUGCAGCAGGAGACACUACUAUGGUUGUGCCGUGGACUCACGGAAUUUGGUUGUAGUCUCAACGUUAAGUCCAUUAUCGAGAAUAUCAAGAAGGCAGUAGCGGUGACAAAUCCCAGUGUGCGCACCGCCGCGAUUACACUGCUAGGCACUUUAUAUCUCUAUAUAGGCAAACCGCUGUUAGAGUUCUUCGACAACGAAAAACCCGCGCUGCGACAGCAGAUCGAGCAAGAGUGCGAGAGGCGUAACGGCGAAACUCCGCCGACGCCCGUUCGCGGCGCCAAGGCUAAGAAGACAAACGCCGCCACCGCCGAAGAAGAGGACGAGGACGCAGAUGAGUCGUUGUCAGAGAAGAGAGUAAGCGGCAGCGAGCCAGAUCUUAACGAACUGAUCCCGCGCGUCGACAUUAGCGCUCAGAUCACCGAAGCGCUGUUAGCCGAAUUGGCUGACAAGAAUUGGAAAGUGCGUAACGAGACGCUGCAGAAGGUGAAUACUCUUCUCAGCGAAACCAAGUUUAUCAAACCUUCUAUCGGCGAUUUGCCACAAGGAUUAGCUCUGCGUCUCGUGGACAGCAAUAGUAAAAUUGCGCAAGCAGCUCUAGGUAUAUGUGAGAUGUUGGCGACAGCUAUUGGAUCCCCAGUGAAACAGCACAUUCGCACUUUGUUUCCCGGGUUUCUGCAGUGUUUAGGCGAUAGCAAAAAUUGGAUCAGAACGGCUGCAAUCACUUGCAUCAACACAUGGGGCGAUCAGUGUGGUUAUAAAGAGUUCUUCGAUGGUGAGAUGAUAGGGGAUGCUCUGAAAGCAGGUUCACCGAUGUUGCGAGCCGAGCUGUGGAACUGGCUGGCGCAGAAAUUACCCUCGAUACCGGUGAAACAGAUCUCUAAAGAAGAACUUUACGUAUGCCUUCCCUACUUGUAUGCUAAUCUGGAAGAUCGUAAUUCGGACGUACGAAAGAACGCUCAGGAAGCUGUUCUCGGAUUUAUGAUUCAUCUCUCUUACGAGGCUAUGGCGAGAAAUACCGAAAAACUAAAGCCAGGAUCACGGACGGUGGUCAUUGCUGCAUUGGACAAAGCUCGUCCCAGUUUACCUAUAAAGCCUCUGCCCAAGAAAGAACUUUCGGAUGACAAUAUUCAGAAGGGUGGCGCAAAGGGUGCAAAAGUUACGAAAGUGGUUAAAUCGAAGGGCGCAUCAUCAAAACCAGGCAGUGCUCGUAAGAAAGAUGACGAUGUAGAUACCAGUCCUCUGCUGGUGGUCAAUAAUUUGAAGCAUCAACGUGUAAUCGACGAGCAAAAGUUGAAGGUACUUAAGUGGAACUUUACCACUCCCAGAGAAGAAUUCGUCGAGCUUCUGAAGGAUCUUAUGACUGCGGCAAAUGUCAACAAGACUUUGAGAGCAAAUAUGUUUCAUUCUGAUUUCCGUUAUCAUUUAAAGGCUAUUGAAGCACUUACUGAGGAUCUGUCUGGGAAUAACAAAGCAUUGGUGUCUAAUUUGGAUCUCAUUCUCAAAUGGUUAACAUUACGAUUUUUCGAUACU